UCCACGUUUUCUCAGCGUCGUCAUAAAUGAGAUUCUCCUCUGGUGGCCGCUGCAUAAAUAGCUAGCGAUAAUCGAACGGGUCAGUCGAACUAGCGGAGCAGACAGCAGAAUUAGAACAUUAAAUAUACUCCGAUGUACAAACUGGAACGCUGCCGCCUUUGCACUAAAACAAUAAAGGCGUGUUAAAUGGCUCUUCCAUCAAGGAAUUGUUGCAAUUGGAUUAAAGGAGACGCAAGAGAAGUAGAUAGAAAUUAUGUCUAGCUAUCCUGCUUGCUAGCUAAAGUACUAGCUAACUGAUGUUGCAUCGAUGGAAUUAUUCGAGUGCCAUUGAUUGAGAAACACCCAGCGACGCUAAAUGAGCAGCUAAUUAGCCAGCUAUCUAUGUUGUAUCGUCCGGCAGUAACAUUUGGACGGGGGAACAGUAGCUACUAAGAUUGGGCAGUGUGCAUCAGUAUGGCACAACUUCUAGAAGGCGCCCGCAACCUGGGCUGGGUACUCCUGAACUCAUUACUUCGUUUCAUCUUUGUGUUCAUCAAUAACUGUGUAGCAAUCCCUUCGUAUUGCCUCUACUGCAUUCUUCUUCAGCCUCUCAGAAUAAUGGACAGCCGCACUUUCUGGCUCAUUGAAGGAAUAAUGUUCAAAUGGAUGUUGGCAAUGGUGUCACAGUGGGGCUGGGUUGCAGGCUAUACAGUGAUGGAAUGGGGCGACGACGUAAGGCCCCUUUCUGAAGAGGAAGCCAUGGUCAUCGUCAACCACCAAGCCACAGGGGACGUGUGCACCCUCAUGAUGUGCUUGCAGGACAAGGGCACGGUGGUGCGGAAGAUGAUGUGGUUGAUGGACCACGUGUUCAAGUACACCAACUUUGGCCUGGUGUCUCUCAUCCACGGGGACUUCUUCAUCAGACAGGGUAAAGCGCACCGGGACAAGCAGCUGAUCUACUUAAAGGACCACCUGGACCGGUACUAUCACAGCCGCGACAGGAAGUGGAUCGUGCUCUUCCCGGAAGGCGGCUUCUUGCGCAAGCGGCGGGAAACCAGCCAGGCAUUCGCCAAGAAGAACUCGCUUCCACACCUGACGCAUGUGACGCUGCCACGGCUGGGUGCCACCCAGGUGAUCCUGAAGACCUUGGGGCCGCAGCAGGAGAACGGCUGCUUGGGGACAGAGGCCAGCACGGCGCACCCCAGCCAGUCAGGUAGUAAACCCAAAGGCCUGCAGUGGGUGGUGGACGUGACCAUAGCGUACUCCAAAGCCAGGCCCAUGGACAUUCAGACGUGGAUCUUUGGCUACAGACCUCCUACAGUCACACACGUCCACUACAGGGUGUACCCCAUAAAGGAGGUUCCGGUGGAGACCAAGCCCCUGACAGACUGGCUGUACCAGAGGUUUGUGGAGAAGGAGGAUCUACUGGCUCAUUUCUACCAAACAGGAGCCUUCCCUCCGCCGAAAGGCCAGAAGGAGGCUGUCUCCCGGGCGAUGACCCUCGACCCUGUGCAGCUCUGCGUCAUCCAAUUCCUGGCCUUCGCCUCGGGCUACCUGUGGUAUAGCGUCCUUCAGUACUUCUACUGCUGUUUGUUCUGAGUGCACUGAGGAGGAUGGCGUUUUUAAGGAGGUUCUUUAAAGUGAACCGGACCCUAUUGGCACUGUUCCUGGAUCAGCCGAUAGCGCGCCCUCCCCGGUGCCAUCCCUACGAUGGAUUGAAUGUACAUUUUGCAAAAAUGGGAGAAAAAAAAUUUAAUAGACUAUGUUGGAGUCUAUUUUCCCACCUGGAUACAUGAAUACCUGCACACACAGACGGACUGACGGACGGACAAACACACACACGAUUGACUGAAGCCCAUACUUUUGAACAUGAAUCAUGUUUACACACACUAACUUCUUGGAUACACACCCGCGCCAAUCUAGAUGAUGGUCUCUCAUUUCUCACACACUCCCGCACACAUUUUUUUAUGUUUACACACGUCCUCGUACACUUCAACUGAAUUCACCCACACGCCCAGUUUUACUCUCAAAUCAAGAAUGAGGCUCAGGACUACAACUGAUGUUGUUCUCAAGUGGACUCUCUCCCUGGUCUUUAGGUGUAGUUUUACAGUGUCUGCGUGUGUGUGCAUCGUGUCUGCCCUCGUACCGCCUGUUGAUUGGACGGUUGGGCCCACAUUACAGAGAGAGGGGGCUGUUGUAUGUACCCAAUCAGAGACUACCACAUCCGACCCCUCUCCUCUGGCCUUCAUUGCACUAAAAGGAUCCAUACUGCCCCCUACCCCACCCCUGGUCCCACUCCUACUCCAGGAAAUAUUCCUGAACGGUAGCUGUUUGUUUUUAUUUAGUUUAUUUUAAUCUGCCCUGCCCUCCAACUCCACCCCCUCUCCCCCUAACAACGGCCAUUGCAUUUGUUAUCCUCGUUGGUUUUGUCGUAGUCUACCUACGUUGUCGUCUUCAAGACUUUACUAUGUGUCUGUCUAAGACUGUAUUCUGAGCUGACUGACUGAAGGGGAAUCUUCUUGUUUACACUGGCGGCCCCCCGUCUGGGCCUAAAGGGAAGCUGGCGACGAUGUCAGGCUCUUGUUAAGACUGUUUCCACAACGUGGGGUCGGUGGAAGGUGGUUCCGGAACCCGGGGGUGGGGGGAGCAAUGCCCAAAUGCUGAUGACGAAACACUGAUGGCACAUUGGGACAGCACUCUGAUCCGACCACCCUCCCUGAAAAAUAACUCCCUUAACACCCGUGAUGAUGCGGAUUCUCAACACUCCCUCAACACCUCCUGCCCUCAUUCGUACAUACACACACGCG